AAAUUUAGAAGAUCAUAUUUCGACAUUUCAGCGAAUGACUUGCGCAAGGGACAGUAGAUAGAGAAACAAUGGUAUUUUAUCGCAUCCGGUUGUAGCCUUGCCUAUUAGAUUGGCAUAGACUGUAAAGUAACUUUAUGUAUGAUAAAGAAAUAUUAAUGAUGUGAAACCCUUUUCUUCAAUCAGGUUUAGGAGAAGACAAAAAAUGUCGACUUCACCGACUUCACCGACUUCAAUUAGAAACAGAAAGAUUAAGAAGAAAAAGCACACACCGGAUGGCGAAGAGGGUGUUAAUUCGUUAACUGAUACUCUACCAAAUAAUGAGCAGCCUGAUGAUGGAACCACUUCUACCGUACCCCCCAGUCAAACAAUUACUGCACCGGUCAAUCAACAAGUAAAUCAACCGUCUCAGACUCAACAAACCAGUGUCGGUCCCAAACAGCAAGUUACAUACACAGAAGAGAAAGUCAUCAUAUUUGAGAUACCACAAAAAUGGUUUAUCCUGCUAAUGGUUUUAUUAGUAGCAUUCUUUGGAUGUGUGUCGGUCUUAAUUGUGGUAGGGCGAACGGAUCCCACAAUAGUUGCAGAUGAUCUGGCUCACAAUAUCGGCCCCGAUGGAGUGCUAUUAUUUCAACAACAUGAUAGAGAUGGAGAUGGGUAUCUUUCUAUAGAAGAAUUUGAACCAUUAGUCUACAGAUUAUUAGAGACCAAUCUAUCUGGACCUAUUUAUGAUGUACCUAUUGAAGAAAAUGAUAGUAUUGUUACUCUUAGAACUUACUUUGAACCGAUAAGGAUAGAAACAAUGUCAAAAGACAUGAAUGAAGUUUUACCUGGUAGCAUGAAUUCUUUAGAUGGCUUAGAGAAAUGGAAGAAUGCCUCAUUGCAAUGGGUGAAUUUUGGUGCCUCCCAUUUUGCUGGAUUUCUGCCAAAAGAUGUAGACAAUAUUGUAUUAGGAAAAAGUUAUUAUAUAAUAGAAGUGCAACAAGGUUUUUUCGAGGGCUUAUCACUCUCAAGCAAUAGAUAUUACCCACCAAGGGUAUCGAACAAUGAAAGCAUACUUAUUCAUCGACUACUCACCUUAUUUCAUCCACGACCCUUUGUCAUAUCCAGAUUUGCUUCACAAGGCAGUGUUGCAUGUGUUCGAGCUUAUAAUGAUAAAUACAUAGAAAUCAUUUUCAGAAUUCAUGCAGAAUUUCAAUUAAAUGAACCCCCAUACCAUCCAUUUUGGUUCACCCCUGCUCAAUUUACAGGCAAUCUUAUUAUAACCAGGGAUGCCUCUGAAGUUUUUUAUUUUAAUAUGUAUGUACCUAAUGACAAACGUCUCAAUGUAGAUAUGGAAUGGUUAAAUGGACCAAAAGAGAGUGAAAACAUGGAAGUAGAUAUAGGUUAUAUGCCACUAAUGCAGAUUAACACCUCUCAGCCUUCUGUAGCUUUUAAAGAUUUAAAAGAAUAUGAACUGUUGGAACCAUUACCAGAAAAGCCAGAUCAUAAAAAAGCAGCAGAAAAUGUAGAAUGGAAUACAGAGAUUUCUUUAGAAGACGCUAAAAGAAGUUUAGAAGUCACCCUUUAUCCAUUUAAACAGGUUCCAUAUUUCAAUUUCACUAAUGCCUUUGAAAAAGCCAAUGAAGAACAUAAAUUGGUGCAUUCUGUAUUAUUAUGGGGUGCGUUAGAUGACCAAAGCUGCUGAGGUUCGGGGCGGACCUUAAGGGAUACAACCCUUCAGAGUCCGCCCGUAAUCUCAUUGUUGUCAGAGCAGUUUAUUAGCUCCUGGUCUCUGGUGGCUGACCUCAAGGAACUUGAGAAAGAUGACAGUCAACCAGCCUAUUCAGGGUAUGCUAAAGAAUUCCUGGCUAACUAUGAGUUUCCAGUGAUGAUGAUUGUAGCCCAUCCUAAUGGUACCAUAUUGAAUAAAGUUAAUGCUAAUUCUUUCUUAGAUAUGGAUUCGUCAUUUUUGGAAUCGGCGUUACAAGAUGCCUCCUCUGUUAAUUAUAUCAAAUUUUUAAAAGAGGGUAUUUUAAAUGCAGGCAGUUUCUUCAAUGAUGGAGGUUAAAUUCCCAUUAAAAUGAAUGCAAGAAAAUUUGCUAUUUAAAUUCCAUGUGUAUGAAUAUUUCAUAUGCUGUUACAUAAUAUACAAUUUUAGGAUUUUAAACCAGAUGAUUUAUCAUUUUAAAUAAUAUUAGAAAAUUUUGUUAAUAGAUAAAUAUGUAAAUUUUAAGAAUUGUUAUGCUUCUUUUUGGCAAUUUUAGAUGUAUGUAUUUAUUAGAUUUAUUUAUAUACUGCUGGCAAGUUACCGUAUUGUUAUGUGUGUAUAGGGUUUUCUCUUACACACAAAUCAUAUCAUAAAAACCAAUGUGUUUUUUCUAUUCCAGAUAUAUUUGUUUGUGUCUAUAUAAAUGUAGGUUCAAUUUAUAUGAUUCAGGCUGGCAGGAAUGCUAUAGGCUCACUUUUCAAGUAAUCAAUUUUAGAUAACAUGUUUAUAAUGUUGUUGUGUUCAAGCACAAACUUGGUUUGCCAUGUUAUCCAAACCUGUCUAAGAACCUUAGAUGUGAUUGCUGCUUAUUUCAGUCAUAUGUUAAUUUAAUCGCUUUCUUAAACAUUUCAUAAUAUAUAUCUGUGAUAUGCAAAGUUAUAUAUUUAAUAAGUUUUUCUAUUUUUGGUAUUUAUUGUUUAUUAGUAUAAAAUACUAAAAGUUUAAACACAUAAAAAAAAAUUGUUAUUAAAACCAUGUAAUGUUCCAACCUAUGCUCUUUAAAUUACAGGUAAUGAUUAUACUUAAUAUUUCUAAAAUAAAUUAGAAAAAAAAUAGGAGUUGUCUUAAUUAAUGUUUUUAAACUUUAUUCUUAUAAUAGUUCAUCUAUUAAAUAGUGACUAACCUAAUAUCUAUACAAACUGUAAUAAGUAUGUAAGUUGCAGAUUACUUAUUUUACAACUAAUAUUUUGUCUUAAGAACAAUUUAUUGUUUUAUAUAUGUGUGUAUUUAUGUUUAGGCUUGCAUUUGUAUUAUAAUGUUAUUACUUUAAAGUUCUGAUUAAAAUCUAAUAAACAGUGUUUGUUAUAAUGUGAGAAUCCAUGAUGACAAAGUCAGAAAACACUGCUAGUGUAUGACUUUGUUUGAUAUUUUAUCUACAUUGAUGAUAAACUUUAUUUUUAUUAUAUUUUCAUCAGAAGGGAUUUCAGUAACACCAUUAUUGAUGUAAUGUAACCAUUAUUAUUAACUGCAAUAAAUGUAAUUAACUUAAUUAAAGCAUAAACCAUAAUAGGUGUUUUCGUAAGAUUAUUGUUUUUUUUUUUUUGUAUUAAGAGCGGUGUGAAUCAUAUUAUUAUGAAUGAUUGAUAUAAAUAAAAUCAGUUUUUCA